AUGCAAGGUGGCAAUUUAGGCUUAGGCAAUCACGGUUCAAAGACGAUGCCAGGAUACUCACCAUUCAGGCCUCCAAACGAUGAAGAGGUGUUUAUUACGAGAGAGACCGAAAAGUAAAAGCGUAAAGAAGCCAAGGAGAAGGCCAAAAAUCUUAAGAUUUGGGAUAAAAAGACUGCAACAUCCAGAGUUCCACUUAGAAAGGUAAAGGACUCAGACAUUGCACCAGCCUAAAUCGAGGAGAAUCUGUAUAAUUUCAACUCAACGUAGAGAGGUUACAUUUCAGCUGCAAUGCACAUAGCCAAGUCGAGAGUUCAAUUCCCAAGAGAAUAACGCCCACAAAACAUUAAUGAGUUUGUAGACUAGAAAAAGGAGAUGUUCUUGGUAGAGCUUUCUAACACAACAAUAAAGAAGGAGAUUGAGGAACUGGAUCAUAAGAGCAAGAGAAAAGCAAUUGCAUUGAAGGACUCAAGCAACUAACUUGAAAACGAUCACAUUAAGUUGAUGAAGUUUAUUGAGUAGGAUAACAUCACUACCCAGGAUAAAGAAAAAGAGGCGGAAAAGAUGGUAGCUUUGAGGAAGAAAAAGGAGGCUAAGAUCAAGAAAAUAGAUACUAGAAUUGCAAAUCUCAAGAGUGAGAUCGAGAAGAACAAGGACGUACUGACUGGGCUAGAGGCUCACAAGGAAUUCUUGUUGGAGUUGUCUCACAUUAACUGGAUAAAUGAUCAGGAAAAAGCAAAGAAAGCAAAGAGAGAUAAGAUCAAGAAGGAGUGGAUCGAAUUUCAUAAAAAGGACAGAAGAGAUGAUCAUCUGAUUUUUAGAGAUAAUGACGAUGAGCUCUUUACUGAGACCGGAAAAGGAGGUGCCUCAGCUAUUGGUGACAUGGCAACUACCUAAAAAUCUGAUAAUCAAGGUGGCAUGCAUAAAUAAUCUAAGAAAGGUCAGCAGAUUCAAUAACUUAAGAGAGAAACGAUGACUGAUAAGGACUGGGAAGCCAAGUUUGAAAUGCUUUUCAAAGAAGACUUGAUUGAUCUGCCAGAAGACUUCUUCGAUGAAGAGCUGUUUUACACAGACCCCAAUGACCUUAACAAUAUUUUCAGUGAACUAGAGGAGAAAAAUCUCUACUUGAUUCACAUGUCUUAGGAAGUAGAGCAGUCUCUUGAGACCUAGAAGCAGCAAUACUAGAUGCUGCAGGAGAAACUAGGAAAGGAAAUGGAGAUUCAUACCAAGAACAAAAGAAACUUGGAGGAGUAGAUAAAUGAAAGCAAUAAAAACUUGUAUGAGCUCAAAAAGAGAAGCUCAGUUAACACUCUUAGCAAUCAGCAAUAAUCAGAAAAAGACAAGGAUAAGAACAAGGAUGCGGAGGUUGAUGUGAAUAUUGAGGAGUUACUGCACGAUCUCAAGAAGGAUAUCCACAAAGUAUAUAAAAACACUAUUGAUCCUCAUGCUGAUCUCCACGCUAAGUUGACUUUAGACAUCUUAACCGAAGUGGAAAUCACUCUAGAAACAUACAUGAGAAACAUCGACUACAUGGAGAAGGAAGAUGGCGUUGAAGUGAACAAGAUAGAGAAGAGCUUGAAGGGAGACUACAAGAGAGAGCAACGUGAGAAGAAUGCCAACAAAGAGAAGGAAAUGAUAAACAAGAAGAACUCAGAGUUGAAGGCUCGUAUGGACAGAGUUUACGAAAAGGUCGGCAGAGUUGCCAUGCCAAGAUCCAUGAAAAAGAAGGUAAAGAGAGAGAAAGCUGAAGUUAAGGUAGAUGAGCACACUCUAGAUAGACUAAGAUAUCUAGGACAACUUGACCCCGUUGACCAAUAGAAUAAAUGA